AUGUUGUCGGCUCCCGUUAAAUCGGCGAAGCGCAUCUCUUCUCUCUUCUCCUUGAGUUCUCAUAAGGAGCAGAACGCCAACGGGCCUCCAGCUCCUUCUCCAGGUUUAAACUCUCCAUCCGACUUUUCGCAGGAACGCCGGCGACGAAGCAGCUCCCGCCCGACUCGUCAUGUCUCAACUCCCAAUGCUCUCUCUUCUUCGGAACCAAGGACAGUCCCCCAUCCGGAGCCAUUCGACCUCCCACCACCACCAUCCUUGCUCGCCGUCAACCAUGAUUUGGCCGCCAGUGCCCCGAGUUCGCCCAUCGAUCGUCCAGGCAGUAGGGGUCGGGAUGUGAGCUUGAGCCGCCCCUCAAGUUCCGCUGGGUUGGCCAUCCCGGGUUCCGCGCCAGACUCCCGCCCGAGCACGCCAUCAAAACGUCGGAGUUGGAUGCCGGGAAUGGGAGCUCGGUCGCGGGCGGGUUCAAUGGACAGACGGGUGCCCCCGCCAAUGCUCCCAGGAGCCUGGAUCGCAGGACUGGACCAAAAGGUGGUUUAUGAUAUGGGUCCCUUGUCCAGAGGUGAACAGGUCUCGGAACUCUGGAAUGAGCAAGGAGAUACAUACGUCUAUUUGUUCCCUCAAAACACGGGCCGCCCGGCGUCAUUCAAGGUCGAUUCCACCAUCUUCGCUGAAUCCCCUUCUCUGAACCAUCUCUGCCGCGGAGCCGACUCGAAAUCCAAUGGCCUCGAACAACCCACCCGUUCGCUAUCCCUCGGCAACCCGAUAUCGCCCCCCCUUGACACCGCAGGACCGGAUGAAGAUCAAGAGCUGCAUCUUUAUCUGCCGAUCCCGCUGAACAGUGAUGUCUCGAACCUGAGUUGCCGCCUCACCCAGGAGGAUACAGAGACUUUGCUUCUCUUCCGCAACCUGUUUGCUUUCCUCCUCGGACAGUCCCUCAUCGCUAGUCCCAAAUCAGCUACCCUUUUCAGUAUUUUCAUGGACGUUGCCGUCCUCCUCGCACGCUUCGAAUUCAGCAACCUGGACGGAUCGAACUUUGGUGAGACUGCUACUUCGAGCUUUAGCAACUACUGCGAUGAACUGCGCCUGGCCGAUGUUCGGAAGAGUCGCGAGAAGACUAUUGAGGCCAUCGUCCUUGGCGAGAGACUGCGCUACUACCCUCUGUACGUCGAGGGAUUUGUACACGGUGUUGGCAAGCUGGAUGAGAUCAAGCAGCUUCGAAGCCCUAAAUUCACAUUUAUCCACCCGAUUACCCAAAAGCGCCUGGAGCGUGGUUUCAUCGAUCUGGACUCCCGUCUACGGGGCCUUUACGGAAAGCUCGAAGACUUUGAUUUCCCUUCUGUCUUCUCUGGUAUCGCAAACUCCACCACCUCAGCCGAAAGCAAGGUUGUGCGCUUCAAGACCUGGAAAUCUGCCUUCCUUGAAUUCCGUCGUUUCACCAUGAGCUUCUACCGCACCAAGUAUGGCUCUUGGCCACCCAAGGCUCGCUCCAAGAAGAAUGAGUUUGAAGAGAGCGGCCUGAACCGUCAGCUUCUGCUCGACUUGUAUCGGGACUUCUGUGAUCUCUACGAUAUGUUGGUCGACCGCACUGACCUCACGACUCGCACAAUCGAUUUAUCUGGUGCGGGUGGUGACGCGAAGUCCACAGACCACAAGGAUGUGACCGUCCGCGCUGUUCGCCAGGUGCUCAGUGAAUACGAUCGCAGCACUCCACCCGUCCUCCCGCCCAUCCCCUUCGAUAUUCCGCAGAUGCCUAAUCUGCAGCCUCUGCACCGAAAGCCCCUCGACGCCAAGAAAGAGGCUAAGCAGCGCGGGAAGAAGCUGAAGAGUUCUGAUACCAACGCUGUCCUGAUGGGCUCUUACACCCGCGAGAGCAUUCGCAGCACUCAGUUCAUCGAAGAGUUCAUGAAGUUCGAGCGACGCUGCGCCCACGGCAAGACUGUCGACGAUUUGGUCGAUAUGCGUUGUGGCCAGUGGAUCUUCCUCUACUCCGUCAUCCAGUCUAUGCCGAUGUUGACCGUGGAUGUCCCCGAGGUCCAGUUCAACCAGGGAGUUGAAUACUUCCUCUGUAUCGCACCCCGUGGUGGUGCACCUUGGAUCCAAAAUGACACCAAGACUGCUCGCAGCUGGUUCGGUGUUGCCGGUGGUGCAGGUGUGGUCAGUCUCCCCUCCGACGUGGUGAUCAAUGGUGUGGAAGGCGUCUACCGUCGUAGCCACUGCUGGCAACUUGCCGAGCAAUGGGCCGAAGCUGGUGCUCUCCUCCCGCCGCCGAAUGUCGAAGAUGCAUACGAAGAAAACGAAUCGUCCAUCUCCUCGCCCUACCCGGCCCAGCAGUCCUCGGCCGGAUCUUCUUCAGACCCACAGCCCGGAUCCGCGCUGGGCGUUCAUGGCGGUCUCACCCCGCCACCCCCAGCAAUCCCGCGCACCCGAUCUCCCGGUGCUGCGAACCGGGCCGAGCACCGACACUCCAUCUAUCCUGGCCUUGAAGCACUGCCGUUGCCGGCAGGCAUCGCUCCCAUUGAGCCUCCUGCUCGCCCCAUUAGUCGCUUCAACCCCAACAUGAGCUUCGACGACAUCUUGCGUGAAGUUCCUGACAAGAACAAGAAGAAGCGCUAG